AUGCCUCCCACUACACAUCUUCGAGGACCUCCCGAUGAUCCCAGCGCCGAGUGGAUCAUACAAAAGUACGGCGGUACCAGUGUUGGCAAGUUCCUCCACACCAUCGCACAGCAGAUUGUACCCUCCUACCUUGCAGGCAACAAGGUCGCCAUCGUCUGUUCCGCUCGUUCCGGCCAGACCAAAGCGCUCGGCACCACCAACCUCCUUCUUCAAGCCGCUGGUGAGGCGCUCGACGAGGCGCUUACGCCCGCUGCCUCCUUGUCCAAUUCGGUCACAUCCAUCGCAAACGGCGCCCAAACACCGGUUCACCGUCCUGGCUCCGCCUUCUCUCGCAAGUCCAGCUCACGUGGAACUCCGCUCGGUCGUGUCGAGUCUCUGAGUAGCACUACGCUCGACAACAAGCUCCAACAGCUCACGCUCAACACCACCACCACUGCCGCCGCCAAUACCGAACAGUCCACCGCCGCAAAGAGCGACGCUGGUUCCGACUCGGAUACCGACAUUGCCAUCGGCUUCAACGCUACCGUCGAUCGCAUCCUCUCCGAUCACCUCGCUUCCGCACGCAAGGCAGUCAUCAACGACAGGCUCCUUCUCGAACAGCUCGAGAGGGACAUCACGGAAGACUGCGAUCGCUUGCGCGACUUUCUCCUUGCCGCCAAAAUCAUCGAAGAGAUUUCACCCAAGUCCAAAGAUAUCAUCAUCGGCGUAGGCGAACGUCUCUCGUGUCGCAUCGCCGUUGGCGCCCUCCGCGAUGCUGGCGUCGAUGCAGAGCUCGUCACCCUCGAGAGUAUCGUCGAUCCCUCCUUUUCAGCACAUGCAGUUCAAGACUCCCAAGGCGAGUUUACCCUCGAUCAGACUUUCUACGACUCGCUCAGUCAAGCGUUAGGCCAGCGUCUCAAUGCUUGCUCCGGUGUUCCCGUCGUCACCGGCUACUUUGGCAACGUCCCCGGUUCCUUGCUUUCGCAGAUCGGUCGUGGCUACACGGACCUUUGCGCCGCCUUGUGCGCCGUCGGCGUCAAUGCAAAGGAGCUGCAGAUCUGGAAGGAAGUCGACGGUGUCUUCACUGCAGACCCGCGCAAGGUGCCUACCGCUCGACUCAUCCCCGCCAUCACCCCCGAAGAAGCCGCCGAGCUAACUUACUACGGAAGCGAAGUCAUCCAUCCAUUCACCAUGGAACAGGCCAUCAAGAAAGCCAUCCCUAUCCGCAUCAAGAACGUCGAGAACCCCACCGGAAUGGGUACCGUCAUCUUUCCCGAUGUUCCAGAGGGUCACGAUGGAUCCGAAGACAAACUCGUCGAUGGCCACGUCGACCAGCCUCGACCACCCAUGACGCCUUCAGCGAGUAAAUCUAACUUUUCCGCCUGGGGCUCUUCGGCCAACGCCCAAGCGACGCGUCCUGUCAUGGGCGAGCGUAAGCUUCCCACAGCCGUCACCAUCAAGGACAACGUGCUCGUGCUCAACGUCCACUCGAACCGCAAGACCGUCUCUCACGGCUUCUUUGCCAAGAUCUUUGGCACGCUCGACAAGUACGGCGUCGUUGUCGACCUCAUCUCCACGUCCGAGGUACACGUCUCCAUGGCCAUGGCUGCCGCUUUAAGGCCGAGGACGUUGGAAAAAGUCAAGGCCGACCUCCAAAAGGUCGGCACGGUCAGCGUGUUGACCGACAUGGCGAUCCUCAGUUUGGUCGGCAAGCAUAUGAGAAACAUGGUCGGUGUUGCCGGAAGGAUGUUCACCGUGCUGGCAGACGGAAACGUCAACAUCGAGAUGAUCAGCCAGGGCGCCAGCGAGAUCAACAUCUCGUGUGUGUUGCAUGAAAAGCUGGCGGUCAAGGCGUUGAACUUGAUCCAUUAUAGCGUUUUGGAGGUCAGUCCAAAGCCGAGUAACUCGGAAGCCGGCGCUUUCGGAAGGUCCUUCUUCUAA